UUGCACACUAGUUUUUUUGGGAUGGGAAGAAUUGGAAAGAAUGUAAUAUUGUUUAAGGUCAUGGAGUUGAGGAGUGCAGAUCCACUUCUUCACAUUGGCGUCUGGGUAUUCUUGCUUCAACACAGCUCUCCUGCGGACGAGUCCCGCCGCUCUCCUCACUUUUCUAGUGAGAUGCGUGUUGAAAAGAUGGCAAAGGGCUUCAUCUAUCAAAUCCCAUCACUAAACGUUACACAAAUGUUAUGUAAUGCAGCUGCCGAUCUGAACGAUAUGAUUGUAUCCACUCUUUGGAAAGAGGGGCAGUUUUCUUUGCUAAAUCAGCAGGGUACUCACCACCCCAUUGAACGCGAUUCUCUUCGUGAACAGUUUGUCCGACUGGUGGAGGAGUUUGAGACGAUGCGCGCCGAGGUGCUUGACCUGACCGAGUUUGCUAGAAGCCUCCAGAAAACUACGGAGACUCAAAUUGCCAUGACCCAGGUGAUAAAAGAGCUCUCAGAUGGCCAGAAGCUCUCAGAUGAGCAGAAGCAGCCAAAAGAGAGACAUUCAUGGCAGGAGACAUUCAUGCUCUCUGAUCUUGAUCAGAUAGACAAGCUCAACAACGUAUCGUUUUGUUAGUCUUGUAUAUUUGCUAUCGUAAAUCAAUGCAAUUCCAUUUCAAACCAGUACCAAUUUCAGCUCUUCUUCCUAGUUUGUUG